AUGCACCAGAAGAUCAAAGCGCUCUAUGGCCUCACCUUGGUCGGCGGUUCCGGCCAGGUCAAAUACAUUGAUUCGGCGAAGAAGCCUAGCCUCUCGAGCUGGACUGGCAUGCUUGUUACAAGUAUCAUUCUACAGCAGCUUCUGCCGAAGGCCUACAUGAAGACGUCAGGGCCUUCCACAGACGGCCGAGUCGUUGAGGAAUGCUUAGUGCAUGACUUGGAGCGCAAUGAGAUGCCAAACUGGAUUCGGGAGCAAAUGUGUGAUCUGGAGUAUGAUGAAGACAUCGCCAACAAGGUGGCAAAUGUCUUUGCCUCUUUCACAAGGCCGGUGCUGAUGGAGAUGUCAUAUGAAAAUACAGCGUCCGAUCUGACAACAGCCAAGAUCGACGAGAGCAUCGCACGAGCAGCAGCAAGGGGUCUGUUCAACCGCAUUCAGAAGGAUAUUGCCCAACCACAACCCGUUCAGAGCGAUGUUCCCGAAAAUGUCAAGGCCUUCGCGCGAGCUUUGGAUGAUGCAGAGCUGGACGGGCAAAUUCUGAAAACGGAAACGGGCAGUUUCAAGUUAGAGCAGGACUCUGAAAUUUGGGACGAGAAGCAGUUCUACGUGCGGGGGUGCUACACAGAAAUUGCCGACAUCAUGUUCAAAAGGAAGCCUCAUAGGAUGUCUUUGCUGGGCUCAUCAGGUAUCGGCAAGUCCAAUUUUAUGGUAUAUUUAAUCUGGCGUCGCUUCCACGAUGAUGAGCUGAAAGAGUUCCCUGCUUUUCUGCACCAGAGCGACAUCAUCCAUCGGUUUCAGAAGGGCGAAGAGCCAAAGAAGGUCGAUGCUGAUACUUUGUAUUCAGCCCCUCAACAAGCUUUGUAUAUCAUGGAUGCCGACAUUGAUGUGGAACAUGGGGUCUUUUGCCAGUCUUUGUGGAUUACAUCUGCGCGGAGGCCCGAGACCCCAGCUUCUAAAGCCGAGCAUUUUAAGAAGGCCGAGCGCUUCUCUGGGCAGUUCUUUAUGCCACCAUGGACGUUGAAGGAGAUGCUGAAUGCAGAGGUCAUGGACUUACACGAGCUGAAUGAGUCGGUUGUCGAGGAACGCUUUGGCAUUUUUGGUGGCACUGCGAGGCUUGUUUUGGAGAGGGACGAGACAAGGGCAGUCAAUGACAAGGAAAGGCUCGUAGAGGCCGUGCAGUCCGCAGAUGCCCUGCAAUGUCUGAAAGUAUCGUCUGACAUGAAAGCCAUAAGCAAGACGACGCAUUUGCUGGUGAAGAUUCACCCAAAGCGGGAGUUCAGCUGGUUUGAUGUGCAGUUGUCGUCUCCCUAUGUUCGGCAAGAGCUGGUGAAGCAAAACAGAACAAAACGAGCCCAAGCUCUUUGGGAUCGUAUUGAUGACGGGAUGAUGACGGGCAUCGGUUUUGCCUUGUUUGAGGAAGAGUUCCACCAGUUCAUGCAGGACAAGUCCAUCGGCAAGUUCAAGCUCCGAGCCAGAUUUUGA